AUGCCGUCCACCCCAGAACUUCGGAAGGAGAAGUCCCGGGAUGCAGCCCGAAGCGCCGGAGCCAGGAGACCGAGGUGCAUAUACCAGCUGCUGCCCACACGUUGCCCUUCGCUCGCCGGGGUCAGCGCCCAUCUGGACAAGGCUUCCAUCAUGCGUCUCACCAUCAGCUACCUUCGGAUGCACCGCCUCUGUGCAGCAGGGGACUGGAGCGAGGUUUCAGCAGCUGGUGCAGGGUCCGGGGAGCCACUGGGCUGCUACCUGAAGGCCCUGGAUGGCUUUGUCAUGGUGCUGACGGCCGAGGGGGACAUGGCCUAUCUGUCUGAGAAUGUCAGCAAACACCUAGGGCUGAGCCAACUAGAGCUCAUUGGACACAGUGUCUUCGAUUUCGUCCAUCCCUGUGACCAGGAGGAGCUUCACGAUGUCCUGACCCCUCCCCCAGGCCUAUCCAAGAAGAAACUGGAGGCACCCACCAGAGCGGAGUUUUCCUCCUCCCGGAUGAAGAGUACCCUCACCAGCGCGGACGCCACCCUUAACCUCAACGCUGCCACACACCAGGUUCUGCACUGUACGGGGCACAUGAGGGCCUAUAGCCCACCUUCGGAGCCUUCUGCGGGUGGGGGGCCCGGGCCUGAGCCACCCCUCCGUUGCCGUCUGAUCUGUGAAGCAUCCCCGCACCCCAGCAGCCUGGAGCCACCCCUGGGCCGUGGGGCCUUCCUCAGUCGGCACAGCUUGGACAUGAAAUUCACUCACUGCGAUGAGAGGAUUUCAGAAGUGGCGGGCUAUAGUCCAGACGAUCUGAUUGGCUGCUCAGCCUACGAGUACAUCCAUGCCCUGGACUCAGAUGCCGUCAGCAAGAGCAUCCACACCUUGCUCAGCAAGGGCCAGGCUGUGACCGGGCAGUUCGUUUUCCUGGCCCGCAAUGGCGGCUACUCCCUGACCCAGACCCAGGCCACAGUGAUAUCAGGCGGCCGAGGUCCCCAGCGCGAAAGCGUUGUCUGUGUCCAUUUUGUGCUGAGCCGGGUAGAGGAGACCGGGGUGGUGCUAUCCCUGGAGCAGACAGAGCAGCCAAGCCGCCGGCCCGCCCGAUCCACCGAACGUGGGCCUCCCUCGGAGAAGAACCCUCAGGGUCUCGGAGACGGCUUGGAUACCCCCGGCCCCAGGAUCCUUGCCUUCCUGAAGCCCCCAGCUCUGAGUGAGGCCAUUCUGGCCGCUGACCCUCGCCGCUUCUGCAGCCCAGACCUUCGGUGCCUCCUGGCUCCCAUCCUGGACGGGGCCACCCCUGCCCCUGCUGCUGCUGCUGCUGCCGCCAUCCCCAGUGGACCCCCAGCCAAAGAGCGUCCUCGAAGCCCCCCACCGGCUGAUCUUCCAAAUGGCCUACUCCUGGAAAUGGAAAACGUACACAAAAUGUUUGGCUUUGGCAAGCCCCCGGAGGCUGUGGAAACUCUAGAUAUGGAGCAGGACAUUGAGGCACUAGAGUUAGAGAUGCUCCCCUACAUCUCCAUGGACGAUGAUUUCCAGCUCAACACCAGUGAGCAGCCCACUAGGGCCCCCCGAAGGUGUCUAGGAACAACCCCUCGUCCCCGUGCCCGAAGCUUCCACGGCCUGUCACCCCGACCCCCAGAGUCCUCUGCUCUGCAUCGGUGGGGGAGCGACCCACGACUGAGCCAGAGGACCCACCCUGCAGACACAAGCUCCCCAGUGGAGCUCGGAAGAGAAAGCUUGGAGGUGGAAGGGGGCUCUGGGCCACCCUCCGGGCCAGCCCACGCCUGGGCAUCUGCUGAGCAGUCGGGCAUCCAACAGCCACCACCUGACUGUCUCAGGAGGGCCCUGCCCCAGAGCUUAGAGGAGGACAAUGGAGCUGAGGCCCUAGGAGUGAAGCCCCCCAAGCGAUCCCCAAGCCCAGCACCCGAACACUUUCUGCUGCCGCCCCUCAGCCUGAGUUUUCUCCUGAGUUGCGAGACCACCCCUGGCACCCAACCAGAUGCUGAUACCAGGCUCCUGGACCUUGAAGAGCCCAUGGUCCUGGGCUCCACCUCCCUGCUCUCUUUCUAUGAGGAUGAAGAUACAGCUCAGCCCAGGGGUCCCUUUCAGCUGGAGGAGACCAUGCCUCAGGAGCUCACCCCAGGCACCUGAGCCACUUCCCUCUCCGCCCCACCCCUCUCCGCCCCACCCCUCCCCAGCCCCUUCCCCCUUCCCCCUUCCUCUCUCCCCACACCCAGGACCUUAGCCACACUCCAAGCCGGCAGCCUACGCACAGGAUAGAGGGGUCUGGGGCCAGGGGAGGAGGGACCUGUGUCUCCCUCCCCUCCCCACCCCUUCCCACACCGGGCCCUACCUCACUGUCCCCUCCCACCCUACCCCCCUGUGUCUCGGGGGAUGUGGGUGGCCCAGGGAGAGCCAACCAAACUUCUCAGCAGGGAUGGGGGGAGUCCCAUCUCAUUCCCACUGGUCCCAGACCUCUCCCAAGGGGCAGGGUCCUCCUAACCCUCAGUGACCACCCCCCUUGGAGGGCAGGGACCUUCCCUUUCCCUCCUCCCACCCCACUCCCCCUCUCAGGAUCUCUUGGUGCUCAUUUAUUUACACAGUUACCUCACCCAUAUUUUUAGGGGUUUACUUUAUAAAUGGGGGUUUUUCAGGGUGGGGGGAGGGCAAAGAAUCUUUUCUACAGCAUGCUUUAUUUUUAACUCUGGGGUACACAUAACCACCUUAUUGAUGAGAAAAACCUCCCCUUUUUGUGAUAAAUGAUCUCUUUAAAAUUGUUAUAAUCAAAAGGUACGGGGAGGGGGUGGGGGAGAACUGAUGAGAAUACAAAACCAGAACCCUUCCCCCUAGGUUUCCCUGGGGGCUCUUUAAGCCAGACCACUCCUUCCCCCCCCCCCUCCUGCCCCCAGUUGUAUAUUUCAUCUCCUUAAAGUCUUCCUUCUUCAGAGCUCUCACCCCCUCAGCUGCCUCUCGUCCCAGGCCUUACUCCAUCCAGACAAUCGGGCUCGGCAGGCAGACCCUGGGCUGGGAGUCAGCAAACCUAGCCCCUGGCCCCAGCCCUGGCCCUUAUCUGACUUGGUCUGGUUUCCCUUGCCUUUUCUGUGUCUCAGUUUCCCCUUCCAGGAGGGCAGGUAGUUGGAUUUAGCAGUUAAUAAGGGCCCUUCUGGCUCUGCCAUUUUUGGGGUCACUGAGCAGAUGCCCCUCUUCCCAGACUUCACCCCUUCAUUUCACAUAAUCAGAAGAUGUCAGGGCUGGUGGGGAUGGGGACUUAAGAGGUGUGUCUUGUCCAAUCCACGAGUCUUGGAAUUUAGAGAUGGUUUAUAUUUUACAAAUGAGGAACCUGUGACCCUAAAAGGUCUCCCGAGCCUCCAUUUAUAGUGAAGGAAGCUGAGGCCCACAGAGGGGAAGGGGUUUGAGGCACCAAAAGAGGGAACUAGGAGGGGACACUUAGGGGCCACCAAUUCAACUCUCAUUUAACAUCCAAGGAAACUGAGGCACACAGAGGGAAAGAGACUUAUCUGAGACCCCAGAUAGCAAAGCUGUGGGUCUAGAAGGCCAGUCUCUUGGCGUCUUUCCAUGGCCUGCUCCCUAUCCUGGUUCCAGACUCCCUGCCUCUUCUUUGUCCACUUUCCCCAGCCCCAGGCCAAGUGGGGAACUUGAGGCACUCCCCUCGGGCCAAGCCCAAAUUCCAGGCCGCCCAGUCACACGCACAGCUCCAGCUGCAGGUCUCCUGGAUGGUCGGAGUUGGAGGGGGGGGUUCACAGGACACCCCUUCCUCUAUCCCGCCUCCGUGAUGCCUGCCUCUCAUCCCCUCUCCCCUUUUCCCUGUUUGCACGAUGGUGCUAUCUUUCAGGUCUGGAGCUGGGGACAAGAAACUCCCCCUCCUCCCCCCCAUCACAGACACACAUAAUCUACCUGGUAACCUCCCACCAUCCCCUUCCUGGGAGAUCCCCUCCCCCUAGACUGGGGAGGCAAGGAGUCUGACCAGAUGGUGCUAUGGGGCCGUGGGGUAAGGACCAGGGCUUUUUCCCAGCUCUCCCCAGGAGGUCAGAGGCCUCAGGGGAGGGAGCUGUGGAAGUGUGUAUGUGUGUGGGGGGAAUUGGGGAGUUAGGGCUGUAACUACCACCUGCACCCCCAAUAAAGCCUUU